GGAAACCAACCUUUUCCCAACAGCUGAAGGAAAACCAGAUGCACCUCCAUCUCCAACUCCUACAGGUGGUUAUGAUGUUAGCCCAGAACAACUUGCUUCAAUGACAAGAGUGCGUGACUUGAUUGCUUUCCAAAAAUCUGGAGGAGUUAAAAGGUUGGCAGAAAAGUUGAAGACGAACCCUGAUAAUGGAAUCCAUGAAGAUGAGUCAAACAUAUUAGACAGAAAGAAUGUGGUUUGGGUCAAACACAUACCCAAGAAGAAAGGGAAACAGCUUUUGGAGGUUUCUGUAUGAUGGUUGUGAAGACACCACAUUGAUCAUCUUGAUGGUAGCUGCUGCUGCUCUUUUGGCACUGGGUAUAAUAACAGAGGGGAUCAAAGGCUGGUAUGAUGGGGGAAGCAUAGCUUUGGGUGUUAUAUUUGUCAUGGUUGUUAAAGCCAUGCAUGAGUAUAAAAGUUCACUUAAAUUUCAAAACUUGAAUGAGGAGAAGCAGAACAUACAGUGUCAGGUUGUAAGAGGUGGAAGGAGGAUGAUGAUUUCAAUAUUUGAUAUUGUUGUGGGUGAUGUCAUACAUCUUAUGAUAGGAGACCAGGUUCCAGCUGAUGGGGUUUUCAUUUCUGGUUACUCUCUUUCUAUAAAUGAAUCAAGUAUGACUGGUGGGAGUCAAAUUGUUGUUAAAGAUCAUAAAUCACCAUUUUUAAUGGCUGGGUGUAAGGUGGCUGAUGGCUCUGGUAAAAUGAUGGUCACUAGUGUUGGAAUGAAUACAGAAUGGGGAUUGCUUAUGGCUAGCAUCUCAAAUAAUGAUAAUGAUGAGGAAACACCAUUACAGGUGCGUUUGAGUGGAGUGGCAAUGUUUAUUGGUAAGAUUGGGCUUUUGGUAGCUGCAUCCGUUCUUGUCAUCCUUCUCAUCAGGUUUUUCACUGGAUACACGGAGGACAAUGAGGGAAAAGUAGAGUUUAUUGCUGGUAAAACUAGUGUCAAGGAUGCUUUGGAUGGAGUAAUCAAAAUUUUCACUGUUGCAGUAGCUAUUGUUUAUGUUGCAGUGCCAGAAGGGCUUCCAUUAGUUGUCACUUCAACGCUUGCAUACUCAAUGCGAAAAAUGAUGUCUGACAAAGCAUUGAUUAGGAGGCUAUCUGCCUGUGAAAUGAUGGGUUCUGUAACUACAAUUUGCAGUGAUAAAACUGGAACCUUGACUUUGAAUUUGAUGACUGUGGUUGAGGCUUAUAUUUGUGGGAAGAAAAUCGAUCCACCAAAUGACACAUCAGCAUUACCUCCAAAGAUUGUAUCUCUUCUUGUUGAAAGUGUAGCUCACAAUACAACUGGCAGUGUAUUUUUCCCUGAGGGAGGUCAAGAAGUUGAGGUUUCUGGAUCACCAACAGAGAAGGCCAUACUUCAAUGGGGGAUUAAGCUUGGAAUGAAUUUUGAUGUGGUGAGGUCAGAGUGUUCAGUUAUUCAUGCAUCCCCAUUCAACUCAGAGAAAAAACAAGGUGGUGUUGCAGUCAAACGGCCUGAUUCUGAGGUUCAUGUACACUGGAAAGGGGCUGCUGAAAUUGUCUUGGCUGCAUGCUCAAGAUACAUGGGCAGUGAUGAAAGUCCGGUUCCCCUGGAUUAUGGAAAGUUGGAAUAUUUUAAAAAGGCGAUUGAAGAUAUGUCUGCUAAAGGUUUGCGGUGUGUUGCUAUUGCCUACAAACCAUGUGCACAAGAAACCGUGCCAACAGAUGAAGAUGACCUGGCAAAUUGGGGACUACCUGAUGAUGAUCUUGUUUUGCUAGCAAUAGUUGGUUUAAAGGAUCCAUGUCGGCCAGGUGUCAGAGAUGCUGUCCAACUGUGCAUACAGGCUGGUGUGAAGGUACGAAUGGUGACAGGUGAUAAUCUUCUAACAGCAAGAGCGAUUGCAUUAGAAUGUGGAAUUUUGGGGUCAAAUGCUGAAGCCCAAGAGCCAAAUCUAAUUGAAGGGAAAUCUUUUCGUGCCAUGUCAGAAGACCAAAGACUAGAAGUUGCUGAGAGGAUAUCGGUGAUGGGGAGGUCUUCACCUAAUGAUAAGCUGUUACUUGUCCAAGCAUUGAGGAAAAGAGGACAUGUUGUUGCUGUUACUGGAGAUGGAACAAACGAUGCCCCUGCUCUACAUGAGGCUGAUAUUGGUCUUGCUAUGGGCAUCCAAGGAACUGAAGUUGCUAUAGAAAGUAGUGAUAUCGUAAUCUUGGAUGAUGAUUUCGCUUCCAUUGUAAAGGUUGUUAGGUGGGGAAGAUCUGUUUAUGCAAACAUACAGAAAUUUAUUCAGUUCCAGCUCACUGUAAAUGUGGUUGCCCUUGUCAUUAAUGCUGUGGCAGCUGUUUCUUCAGGGGAUGUCCCCCUUAAUGCAGUCCAGCUCCUUUGGGUGAAUCUUAUCAUGGACACUUUGGGUGCACUUGCCCUAGCCACCGAACCACCAACAGACCACCUCAUGCACCGACACCCCGUGGGCCGCAGGGAGCCUCUUAUAACAAGUAUCAUGUGGAGGAAUUUGUUAAUUCAGGUUGCUUAUCAAGUGUUGGUGCUCCUUGUACUCAAUUUCCGUGGUAUACAAAUCCUACAUUUGCAUCACAGUUCUCAACAGCAUGCUAAGAAAGUGAAAAACACUCUCGUUUUCAAUGCUUUCAUUUUUGCUCAGAUUUUUAAUGAAUUUAAUGCUCGGAAACCCGAUGAAAUUAAUAUUUUCAAAGGCGUUACCAAAAACCACUUGUUUAUGGGCAUCGUGAGCCUUACUGUUGUUCUUCAAGUCAUUAUCAUCAUGUUCCUUGGGAAAUUUACCGCAACAGUAAGGCUGAGUUGGCAAUUGUGGUUGGUCUCAAUUGCAAUCGGCUUUAUCAGUUGGCCCCUUGCUGUUAUUGGGAAAUUCCUAACCCCUUCAGUGAAUAUUUUAUCAAUAUAUUCCCAUCAUGUACAUCGCAACGUAGAAAGAAAGGUGGAAAUGAGGAUGAUGAGUGAAUGCUAGCGGCUCUUAGAAAAGGAUGCUAAUUUUUUUUUUUUUUUUAUUUAUUUAUUGUUUUUCCUUUUUGCAACGUCAUCAAAGGCUUAACAACUUAUAUACUCGGACAUACUGAGGGAGGGGGAGGCUACAACUGUAUUCAAUGACCCCGUCGUCUGUAUUUAGAAUUUGAAGCUUUGUAGAGUUUUUUUUUCUUUUUUCUUUUUUCUUUUCUUUUUUUUCCCGGUUCAUGUUCGGUGUUUGAUGUUAUUGCCAUUUUGUAAUUGGAUGCACUU